GCCUCUUCCGCCCCGCCCCCGUUGCCGGGAUACGCGGAGGCGCGGGGCCUCCCGUGGUUUCAGCCCCGUGGGCCCCGGAAGGCUGCGCCAGGGUGGGCGAGUGGGCGCGUCCGCGGGGCGGACUGGUGCUCCCGGUGGUGGCUGGCUGAGCCGAGCCUGCCGACCUCCCUCCUCCUGCCGCGCCAGCACAGUGGUUAACGUGAACAAACAUGGCCAGUAAUCACAAACCAGCAGCUGCUCGCCCUGUUUCCCGAGGUGGAAUCGGGUUGACAGGAAGGCCUCCUUCUGGAAUCCGACCCCCAUCAGCAAACAUUCGAGUGGCAACUGGAAUAUCACCUGGAACCGCAAGACCAGGCUCCCGUGGAGGCCUCAUAGGGACAGGAGUUCUGUCUUCUCAGAUUAAAGUUGCAGAUCGUCCAGUAACACAACAAGGUUUGAGUGGAAUGAAAACUGGGAUUAAAGGUCCCCAGAGGCAAAUUUUAGACAAAUCUUAUUAUCUUGGGCUUCUUAGAAGUAAAAUAAAUGAACUUACAACAGAAAUCAAUAAACUUCAGAAAGAAAUAGAAAUGUACAAUCAAGAGAAUUCAGUUUAUUUGUCAUAUGAAAAGAGAGCUGAGACUUUAGCUGUUGAAAUCAAAGAGUUUCAAGGACAACUAGCAGACUAUAACAUGUUGGUAGAUAAACUUAAUACCAAUACUGAAAUGGAAGAAGUAAUGAAUGAUUACAACAUGCUUAAAGCUCAAAAUGAUCGAGAAACACAAAGUAUGGAUAUCAUAUUUACAGAAAGACAAGCGAAGGAGAAACAAAUUAGAAGUGUAGAAGAAGAAAUUGAACAGGAAAAACAAGCAGCAGAUGGCAUUAUAAAAAAUAUGUCUCCUGAAAAACAAGUGAAGUACAUAGACAUGAAAACCACAAAUGAGAAAUUAUUACAGGAAUUAGACACACUUCAGCAGCAACUAGAUUCACUGAACAUGAAAAAAGACAGUCUGGAAGCUGAAAUAGCACACUCCCAGGUAAAACAGGAGGCUGUAUUGCUGCAUGAAAAACUUUAUGAGUUAGAGUCCCAUCGAGAUCAAAUGGUUGCUGAAGACAAAAGCAUGGGAUCCCCAAUGGAAGAGAGAGAGAGAUUACUUAAGCAGGUUAAGGAAGAUAACCAGGAAAUAGCUAGUAUGGAACGACAGUUAACAGAUAUAAAAGAAAAAAUCAAUCAAUUUCAUGAAGAAAUUAGACAACUUGACAUGGAUUUAGAAGAACACCAAGGUGAAAUGAAUCAGAAGUACAAGGAGCUUAAAAAAAGAGAGGAAACUAUGGAUGCUUUUAUUGAGGCUUUUGAGGGAAAUAAAAAUCAGGAACUGGAACGGAAGGCACAGAUAGAAGCUGACAUUGUUGCACUUUUGGAGCACAGUAGUCGGAAUAUAAAUCGUAUGAAACAGAUAUCCUCUAUCACCAAUCAAGAGCUGAAGAUAAUGCAAGAUGAUCUCAAUUUUAAAUCUACUGAAAUGCAGAAAUCACAAAGUACAGCUAGGAAUUUGACUUCAGGUUUCACAGCCAGAAUUCGUAAAGCCUUCCUCUCACUCUUGGACCUGUUUCUUUCUAAGAAAUUUCUUCUCCACAGAUACAUCAAGGUCUUCCCAGCCAACAGUCAACGUCUACAGUUGGAUCUACAGAAAAUGGAGCUUCUGGAAAGUAAGAUGACUGAGGAGCAACAUUCUCUAAAAAGCAAAAUUAAACAAAUGAUGGUUGAUCUGGAGACAUUUAAUGAUUUGCCAGCUUUAAAAGCAUCAGGUGAAGAAAAGAAAAAGAAAUUACAUCAGGAGAGAGCAGUAUUAUCAACUCGCAGGAAUGCCUUUAAGAAAAUAGCGGAGAAGCUAAACACAGAAUAUGAGAUGCUAAAAACACACCUGCAAGAAAAUGAGACACAUUCUCAGCUUACAAAUUUGGAAAGGAAGUGGCAACACCAUGAACAAAAUAAUUUUGUGAUGAAAGAAUUCAUAGCAACCAAGAGUCAAGAGAGUGAUUACCAGACAGUUAUGAAGAAUGUGAACAAGCAGAUUGCAGAGUACAAUAAAACCAUCAUGGAUGCUCUGCGUAGCAUGAGCAGAAACUGAGUCUGAACCAACUGCACGUCUCUACAGAAGUAUCCUGUUGCUAUGAAACUUUAAACAAGCUGACUGAAAAAUAAAAAAGCUUACCCUUGAAGAAUCUUACCUAAGAUGUUUGAAUGCUAUACUUUUUAUGGCCUCUUUGAAGAGUGAUGUUUUAAAUAGUAGGAUAAUUC